AUGGCGAGCAUGAUCCGCGCUACCACCAUGACUGCUCGAGCGGUUUCACGAUCCUCUCUAUCGCUCCGGCCCACUCAACUCCCUCUGCUCCUCCGCGGAUUCGCCGAUUCCAAAGCACUCGCCCAGAGCCCCCAGGACGGGCAGUACUCUGCAGGCUACGACAAGCACCGCAAGGAGGUGACACCGAAGCUUGCUGGCGUCAGUGGAGAGUUUGAGUUCGCACACAAGCAACCAAAAGCUGGCGACGACAUCGGACACGAUGUCCAAGGUCCCGGCCACGGUAAGCACUCCAAGCGAACUCUUGCCAGUUUGAGUAUGGAUGGCAAAGUCUGCGUCGUGACAGGUGCGGCAAGAGGUCUCGGAAACAUGAUGGCACGGACCUUUGUGGAGAGCGGUGCCGAUGCUAUCGUGCUCAUCGAUCUCAAACAGGCCGAUGCCGAGGCUGCUGCGAAGGAUCUGACAGACUGGUUCGUGGAGCACGGUGAUGCCCAACCGGGAGAGAUCAAAGCGAUUGGUCUAGGCUGCGACGUGUCUAGCGAAGCGAGCGUCAAAGCUACCUUCGCCAAGAUUAAGGAAGAGUUCGGUCGCGUUGACGCCUGUGUGACUGCUGCUGGCAUUGUCGAGAACUUUGUCGCCCACGAGUACCCGACCGACAAAAUUCGCAAGCUGCUCGACAUCAACAUCAUGGGCACUUGGUUCUGCGCUCUGGAAGCCGCCAAGCUCAUGCCAGAAGGGGGGUCGAUCACCAUGAUCGGAAGCAUGUCUGGAUCGGUCGUGAACGUUCCCCAACCUCAAACUCCAUACAACUUCUCCAAAGCUGCUGUGCGGCACAUGGCUAGAUCGCUUGCUGUCGAGUGGGCCACUCAAAACAUUCGCGUGAACUGCAUCUCACCCGGUUAUACCCUGACCAACCUGACCAAGGUGAUUCUCGACGCCAACACCAAGCUCCGAGACGAAUGGCUUCACCGUAUUCCCAUGGGACGAAUGGCAGACCCCUCCGACUUGAAGGGCGCAGUCAUCCUCCUCGGGUCGGACGCCAGCAAGUACAUAACCGGGGCAGAGAUCACCAUCGACGGGGGUUACACGUGCUUGUAA